GUCCCGCUUGAAGCGCACAUCAUCAGCAAAUGCCCCGACACCAGGGACGCUCUUCGCACCUUGAUCCUGCCCGCCAUGCAGCAGAUCCACGACAAGGUCGACUUUAAGCUCUCCUACAUCGGCAAGCCCACUGCCAACGGCGGCGUCGACUGCAAGCACGGCCCCUCGGAGUGCAUCGGCAACAUCAUUGAGCUCUGCGCCCGCGAGCUGUAUCCCGACCCCAAGAUCAACCUCGGCUUCAUCAUGUGCCUGACCAAGGACUACACCCACAUCCCCGAGCGCACCCUCAUCGAGGACUGCGCCCUCGAGCACGCCAUCGACUUCAACAAGCUCAACGAGUGCGCCGCCCGCGACGACACCGCUCACGGCCUCGAGCUGCUGCGGAAUAGCGUUCAGCGGUCAGCCGAUGCCAACGUGACUAUCAGCUGCACGAUCCGCCUAAACAACGAAAUCUACUGCAUUCGCGACGACGGCGAGUGGAAGGACUGCCCGCACGGC